AUAGCGCAGUGUCGACCCUUACCAAUAUCAAUUAUACAGCCCAGAAAACGACUGGCCAAGAGAUUUUAUAGACCACCAUCAGCUCCACCAUGGCACUAAGAAGAUCUCAUUGCUACGGGAACGUGUUGAGACAGAGCAGAGCAGCUGCCAGAUUCUCACAACCCUCCAUACUACCUCUCUUCCCCAUGGUCUCAUGUUCACCACCAUCAGUGGUUCCCUCACGACCAGACUACAGGGAACUGAUCAGUUAUAGGUCAUACGCAACAGAACAACCAUCCGAUGAUCAACAAAAACCCGUCGUCGAACCUAAAUCAAAUCGAGAGAAAGUUAAACUCCUUGUGAAAGAGUACGGGCCGGUGGGGUUUGCGUUCUAUAUGGGUGUGUCCUUCACCUCGCUGGGAACCUGCUAUGUCUUGGUCUCCAAUGGCCUGGACGUAGAGAGAGUACUCACCUACCUCAACGUGACCACCUCUGGGACUAGUAAGGGAGCAUCAACAUUCGCCAUUGCUUACGUUCUGCACAAGGUUCUGUUACCCCUGAGGGCUGCAGUCACAGUGGGGGGGCUGCCCCUGGUCGUUAGGAGACUACGCUCUAUGGGGUGGAUGAAACCAAAGAACAAGAGCUAAAUAACUUUUUUAAAUUAUAUAAUUAGGCAUUUUUCCUGUAUGCAUAUCAUGUUGCAGAAUUAUUACAUUUGGCUAUUAAUUUUAUUCUGUGCCUUGUAUAUAAUUAACCAAAGACA